GUUGAAGGCAAAUGCGGCAAUUUACCACGGUUCGAGAGGUAGAGAAGAAGGGCGACGGAGUUCCUGCUCUUUGUCCUCUUCGUUCUCCUCACCCUCGACUUCGGUUCUGCUCGACGGUUCACGAAGGCCUUACGCCCCUCACGCUCAAGCAAACGACGCUCCCUCAAGACCCUAGGACAAUCUACGAACAGUAUGAUACCUCUCAUCCCCGCUCUUGCCCUCGCCUUCUUGUCUUUUCUCUCUUCCGCCUUCGUCAUUCUCCGCAUUAUCAUCCCCAUUUUGCCACCACAUCCUCUCAGCCGUCGAGUCCGUCCAUCUGAAUUUGGUCUUCCUGACUUCCGUUCUCUUUCCCCGGCAGACAAGAGCCACGUAUGGCUCGCAGUGUGCGACGUCAUCUCCCUCAUCCUCUUCACAUGGCAAGUUGUGAAUGAGUAUCUCAGCGCGUCCAAGGAUUACGAUGCCGCUUCGGACCCUGCCUCUGCUGUCAGGCUUUGGCUAGCCUUGACUCUUAGGCAGACAUGCCUCUUCGUUGUCGCGUUGCUCACUCUCGUCCACGUCCGCAUGGGCCGCUCCGUGGCCCUUGGCAAGUCCCACUGGAUGGUCUGGGCACCGACCGUCCUCCUGGUCGUCACUGGGACUGCAAUCUCUGCAGUGCUCGCUGCAACGAACGUCCCGAGCUUCUUCAUUGGCCUGUUCGCGUACUCGACCACCAUCUCCGUUGCCAGCACCGUUGCCUUCGGAUGCCUCAUGGGCACCUUUGUCAUGAUUAGGCGCAACCUUGCCGCCCUCAACGACAUCCGGGAUCCCUGGCCCCCGGCCACGGGGGUUGAGGAGAAGCCCCGUCCCUCCUUCGCGACCGAAGACAUUGAUGCUCUGAAGGAUGGCAGCUCCUGGAUCACGUCUCGAGCGAGCUCCCGCCGCGAGUCCAUUUCCGCGUUCUCAUUGUCGACCCACCACUCCGCGAGGCCAUCCAACGGUAGCGUGCGCAUCAUGCAGAACCCCAUGGGCACAGCGUCUCACCCGUCCAUCCCGCCGAAGUCGUCCUUCUGGUUCAACCCUGCUACACCGUACAGCAACGGCCGUGACUCACCCGUCCCUCCGGUGCCCCCGCUCCCGUCGCCGUACCGCCAUGCGCCAGACUGUCUUGAUAGCCUCCACAACAACCCGGAUCCGUUCAGACGCGCGGAGACUCCAGUCGAGCUUGGCUGUGAGCCCCGGGAUCGGUUGGGCUCCCAGACGUCUUGGCUCACGGAGCCCUCGACUUACCAGCCUAGUAUGUCGGCGUGGUCGUUCCCUGCGACCCGUCCAGGCUCGCCGCCGAUGACCUCUCCCAGCACUCCCAACCCUGAGACGGGCUUGCUUCCGUCUACGACUGCCCGGUCCACGCCCGUUAUGACUGAGACCCCGGUUUUGGGCGGUUACGGGUAUGAUGCUGAGAAAGUGCAAGCAAGCAUGACUUAUAGUUCUGCUUGCGACGUCGAUGUUUCUGUGUCACGUACUAUCGCAUGGCUGGUGUCGAUCUGGGUGCCAUUCGUGUUCUCGACCCCGUACUUGCUGAUCUCGAAUCUCUCUUCCCCGGUUGCAUCAUCCGCAGUGUCCAUCCUGUUUGUUCUUUCGGUUACGAUGUCCUCUCCGCUCCUCGCCCUGCACGUCCUGUGCCGGUCGCCUUUGCCCAUGCCAUCCGGCCUCUUCGAUUCCUACAGCGAGCCCCCCUCUGCCGCCAACCGUGCACCCUCACCCACGAGCCUCGCGCCGUCGUUCAAGUUUUCGCACGAGUAUAAGCGCAGCGGUAGCGUUACCGUCGUCGAGGGUCGUCGCAGCGGCGACGUCUGGGUGUCAAAUGGAGACGCAGUUGACGGGAAGGGUAAGCUACAGCGUGCCGUCGGCCUCCUGCAGCCCGUCCCCAAGCUGUCUGUUCUCCCGAUGCACGACGCAGUGCCCGAGCCGGAGCUUACGCCGCCGCUCCCCAUCCAGAAUGCGGAGGACUCCCCGACCAUCCCGCCCACGCCGCAGUCGGAGAACUACGCAGAGUUCGGGCAGCACCGCACGCGCAAGGAGUCGAAGGCGUCGUCCUACUACUCGGGUGCCUCUGCUGAUGCGCACUUGCAGUCGCAGAUCAUGAUGGCGCAGAAGCACUACUCAACCCUUGCGAUGACCAUGGUGGUCCCCCCGUCGCCCGAUCGACGUGCCUCCCUCGACGACGCGGCUGCGGAAGCUGCUGCUACUGGUGUAGAGGCUACGCCUAAGGAAGCAUCCCGUACAUCUCAGCAUCUGCGCACGCGCUCGGUGACCUCGAUCAAGGACCCUCGCGAGACUCACUUCCCGAUGAGCCCGCCACCGUCUCUGCCUCUCCCGCCUACUCCCCCGUCCAUGAGGGAGCUCCGGGAGCGUCAGGCGAAGAUCCUGACUCACCGCAAGACGCAGUCGCACGCGUCGUCCGUGAUCGACUACUCGUUCCGCCCUGUGGAAGACGUCAACGGCACCGAGAUCGACGCGCUGUCCGCUGGUGUCCUGCCGAUCCUCGUGCCCGGCUUGACCGUCGGGUCCGACGUCAGGGUGCGCGAGUGGACCUGGGACUCGCCUGCGUCUAUCAUGAGCAGGACGAGCAGCAAGUACACGAAGUUGUGGAAGACGUCCAAGGGCCGCCAGGAUGUGCCAUUUGAGAUGGGCGGCAUCUCGUCCGAAUUCUCAUCGCCCGAGUUGCACUCGACACCGCCGGCGCGUCGUGCGAAGACUAUGCAACGUGACAGGAAGAUCUCCGCUCACAAGAGGAACCAUUUCAGUCUUCCUAGUCUUAGCGUUGGCAAGGAAGGUCUGCACGCCCUGUCCAUGUGGCGCAACGAGCUGAACCUGGCCAUCGAGGGUGCAGUACGUCACUACACUGCUGCGACCACAAGCGAUAGCAACGGCAACAGGAGGAACACCGUCUACGGCGGCGAGAUGCCCAACAACGCGACUUCGGCUCUGAACAUGGUUGACGAGCGCGAGGAACUUCUGCGGCCCAAAUCUUCUGCUGACGCGGAGGAGAGGGAGAAGACUGCGGUGCGUCCGUUCUCGACUGGCACUUUCGGCCAGCCGCCUCCCACUCCAGACGACGUGCCUGCCAAUGUGAACACGGCUCGCAACUCUCUCGCGACGCUGAUCACUGCCCUGGACCAGGAGCUGCGCCUCCCGCCACCGUCCUCGGCGGCGUCGGACGUCACGCUGUUUGACUUUGACACCACGAACGGUCCUGUCGCGGAGAGCACACCGCACGAGUCGAAAGCACGCUCCAGGCCCUCGUCCUACCAGCCUCCUCCGCCCGUUCCUCAGCUCCCCAUGGGCGCGAAGUCCUCUCGGCGCUCGAGUAUCAUCUACAUCAAGUCUGACGAGAACUCGCCACCCGAGUCGAAGCCUGCGGCAGCAGCAUCCAAACCCAUCUCGCAGUGGCCGUCUCGUGCAGUCAAGCCGCUCGUGCCGAAGUCGAGGGCGCACAAGGUAGCAAAGGACUCCCUCGACGUCGUGCCAGGGUCUCCUCAGGGCCUGCGCCCGCUUUCGCUCCUGCAGGACAGGGACGUGAACUCGCCGGCCAAAGACACGCGUGCGCUGAGCAUCGGGAAGAAGAACAAACAUGUCAACGACGAGAACGCCGGCCCCCACCCGAAAGCCAGGGGCUUGAAGCCCCUCAGGCUCGGGAGAAAAGACACGACGAAAGAACGCGCUGCGCUGCGGAAGACCGAGACGCUCCCCGACGUGAUCGUCCGCCCGCCUUCGCAAAGCCAGCACAACGGAUUCGCAUACACGUUCGCCCAGUGAUGAUGAACGCUCUACUCACGCUGAACUCUGAUUCUUGUUGAUACCAUUAUGUUGUGAGUUAUGUUCGUCUGAUACGCUCUGAUUUUCGCUUUUGGCGCUUUCACGCUUUCCACGCUUGCCAAAUGUCCCUAUGAUAUAUGCUCUCCUCUCCUCGGUUUUCGUGCAAAUCGCUAUAGCUCUACUGUGAAGUACUCCCGUAUGCUCUCUCCCCUCUCGUCUUGUUCUUGCUGUCGAUACUCGCUACUGCUUGCUUUCUAUCCCGCUGUGCCGGAGCUCUCAAUCUCGACGAUAGAAGUUGUUCCAGGUAGACAAAGCGUACAGUGUUCGCCGAAGUCCAUAGAAACCCUACUGUACAAUAGUCUCGCGAUUGUUGAGCGUCUGGACGCCCGU